UCAUCGUUGUUUCCUCUUCGUUCUUCUUCUUCUUCUUCUGGUUCAGAUUUCCACUUUCAAACCCUUCUUCUCGCGUUCCCUCCUAUUUCCAUUUUCUCCAAAUGCCCUCAACAAAUUUUCCUCAAUCGUAGCUCCGUGAUACUUCUCCUUCACCGAAUUUCAACCCUUCCAAAAGCUCUAAGUUCUAACCCAUCCUUAUUUCCUUCCAAAAACCCUAGCUUCCAUGGCGUCCAAGAAGAAGCAAUCCGAAGGAAUCGCCUUAUUGUCCAUGUACAACGACGAUGGAGACGAUGAAAUGGAGGAUGUCGAAGAAGAAGAAGCAGAGAUGCACGGGGAGAAGCAGGAAGACGCCGGCGGAGAUAUGAGAUUCUUGGUGGAUGAUGAUUUGGCGGUCACUGACACCGAUGGAAUGGCGGUGGUUGAUUCUGGUAACGAGGGCGCGGAUGAUGGGUCCACCCCGACGGAGAAGAGUGGGUUUGGGGCUUCGACGCCGCAGGCAAACAUGUUGGUUUCGCCGCUGCAGGAGCAACCGUUAGUAUCAUCAGAUUCGAGGAUUAGUAGGAGAGGGACGCUUACUAUAGUGGACUAUGGUCAUGACGAAGUAGCAAUGUCACCUGAGCCCGAGGAGGGAGAGAUUGAUGGUAGUGGUCGAGUCAUGUUCGGGGACCAGCUUCAUGUGACCAAUGGUGAUUUGCUAGAUAGAACACCAUCAGGAACUGUCCAAGUUUUAACACCUACCAAUCAAGUUAACACACCUCAAUUUUCUGAGCCAUUGAAAUAUGAUGCCAUGAACAAUGAUGCUGUGAUUAGAUCGGAUGAUGCAGAAGUUGGAGAAGCAGGUCAAGAUGAGCAAAAAUCUUCAGAUCCAUUGGAAACAUUUCUCCCUCCACCGCCUAAAGUUAAAUGCUCAGAGGAGCUACAACGGAAAAUAAAUAAAUUCCUAGAGUAUAAGAAGGCUGGAAAAAGCUUUAAUGCAGAAGUUCGCAACAGGAAGGACUAUCGAAACCCUGACUUCUUACUGCAUGCAGUGAGGUAUCAGGAUAUUGAUCAGAUAGGGUCUUGCUUCAGUAAAGAUGUAUUUGAUCCUCAUGGAUAUGAUUCAAGUGACUUCUAUGAUGAAAUAGAAGCUGACAUGAGGCGCGAAAGUGAUAGGAAAGAGCAAGAGAAGAAGAAAGCACAAAAGGUUGAAUUUACUCCUGGGGGUACACAACCAGGAAUUGUAGCUGCUCCUCCUAGGAUCAGCAUGCCUGUUGCAGGUGGUUCUGCUGUGGCUGCAACUGGUUUGCAUUUGGUGCCUCCUACAGCUGAUUCUACUAGUAGGGAUGGUAGACAGAACAAAAAAUCAAAAUGGGAUAAGGUGGAUGGUGAUCGGAAAAAUUCUCUGCCCUCUGUGGGGCAGGAUUCUGUAUCCAGUGUUGGGGCUCAUGCAGCAAUUUUAUCUGCUGCUAAUGCUGGUGGUGGAUACAUGCUAUUUGCGCAACAAAAACGGCGAGAGGCAGAGGAGAAAAGAUCUAGUGAAAGGAGGUUGGAGAGACGAUCGUGAGCCGUCCAUUUUGGUCUAGUAACGAACACCGUUUAUAAGCGGUAGUUGAGAUUUUUUCUGUAUUACAGUUUUGUUCUGUUCAUUAUUAACUUUGGUACUUAUUAUAGAAACUGUAAAUUCUCAAAAAAGAAAAGAAAUUCGAGCUACAACUGUGCCUUAAUGCUUUAUCCCUAUGAGACAGCCUGAGUAAUUCUUCUUUAUUCCCCUGCAAUAGCUGUACCGUGAUCUUGCGGGUUGGUUGAUUGGGGUUCG